UCUAAAAUACUUUUUGAUAGCUCAUAUGAAGUGUUUUCAAGUUCUGAAGUGCACGCUAUUAUAUGUUAUCUAGAUUACACCUAAAUUAUGAGAUAUUUGUAAUUAAGUGGAUCUUAUUAUAUUAUGUAGUGGAGUUUUAGGUUAUAACGCACUAUUUGUGUUGCUAUACAUUGAAAUAUUUUACUUUUUAACAGUUUUUUUUAUUUGUUUAUAAUACAAGAUUGAUUAACGCAGAUCUAAUACGUAUAAGAAUAAGAUUCUUCUUAGUGACUCUUGAAAUGGUAUUUCUCAGAUUUAAGUACUUUGCUAAUGAUUUCAGAUGUUUACAAAAUUUGAUGAGUUUCAGGUUCAUCCACAAGAAUAAACUUAAUAUGUCUGGAUCAAAAACAGCAUAUGUUCACUUAAUUACUGGAUCUGAUAAAUUUAAAGUAAGCUUCCAAUAUAUAAAUGAAUCUGUUAAUGUCAACAGACAGUUUAAUUUUGAAAGACGCUCCGAGGAAACAAUUCAGUGUUUUCUGGCACGAGUAACUGUAAAUCUUGAAAAAAUUGUUGAUAUAAAGCUGAAGAAAAAACGAAAGAAAGAACAAAAUGAUGAAGACAAAAAAGUUGCCAACGUCGUUGUUCAACUAUUUUCUGGUGAAGAUACAGUUCCUGACUCUGAAUUGUGUAAGGAUGUGUUUUUUACAAACAAGUACCCUUUUGGUUCUUUAAAACUAAAAAUGAUGGGAAUAGAUUACAAUGUUGCUAUUAAUUCACCUUGGAUUGAUCAGAUGACUCUUCCCACAAGUAUAAUGGCAGGGUUCCCAGUAUACACAAAUUGCUUUGAGACAAAAUACAUAGACAAAUCUUUAUCAUCAUUCAUUUGGAUGAAGUCAAGAAACAAAAGUGUUGAUAAAGUUUCAUCCCCAUCACAGAAAUCCAGUAAUAAGGAAGACUUGAACAACUGGUCAGUUGUUGGAGAAAGUUUUGUUUAUAUUCCUGCUACUGCUGACAUUGGUCAUAAAUUGAGAUUAGAGUGCACUCCUAAGAAUGCUACUGCUAUUGGUCCUCCUGUCUUGUGUGAAACUAACACCGUUGUUGAAGCUGGACCUGGUUAUUGUCCAUUUGAGAAUCGUCAUGCGUACACACGUCAAAGUUCAAGUCAUCAGAGAUUUCGGGUUGUGUCAUAUAAUAUACUCGCAGAUGUGUACUCUUCCACGAGUUUCGCCCAAAGUGAACUCUUCGGCUACUGUCCCACAUAUGCUCUGAAUAUUGACUACAGAAAGCAGUUGAUCUUGAAAGAGUUGCUUGGUUACAAUGCGGAUCUUGUGUGCUUGCAAGAGGUAGAGACCAAGUUGUUUGAGUCGGAUUUAGUGCCUGUGCUGGGAGAACAAGGUCUUGUUGGAGUCCAUGCUAAAAAGUCCACAAUCAGAGAAGGAGUUUCUACAUUCUAUUCACCGUCAAAGUUUAAACUGUUGGAUACCCAAGAGGUGAUUCUAGGAGAGGAACUGGUUAACAAGAGUUACUGUUCCCGAAUCUUGGCAACUGUUGAGAAAAACACUCAGCUAAAAGAAAGGAUCACAGGCUUGGGCACAACUGCCUUGGCUCUAACACUGGAGAACAAUGAGAAGCCUGGAGAGAUCCUAGUGGUUGGAAAUACUCACUUCUACUUCCACCCUGAUGCUGAUCACAUUCGACUACUGCAGGGAGGCAUACUAAUCGCAUUUCUGUCAGAUAUUGUUGACAGCAUUAAAGCUAAAAAUCCAGGAAAGAACGUGUCACUUUUGUGCUGUGGAGAUUUCAAUAGUGUUCCUGAAUGUGGCAUCUACAAACUUAUGACAGAAAAUCAUGUUCCAGCUGACUUCGUUGACUGGAGAAGUAAACCUGAGGAGGAGGUGAAGGAACUGAGCCUCAGCCAGCCGUACAAGAUGCAGAGUGCCUGCGGGACACCCAAGUACACCAACUUCACUGUCGGGUUCGCAGAUUGCCUAGAUUACAUCUACUACCAGACAGAUCGACUCAAGGUUGAAGCUGUGGUUCCUCUGCCAUCCGAGGAGGAGUUACGACAACACACUGCCAUUCCGAGUGUCGUAUUUCCAUCAGAUCAUGUAGCUCUUAUCGCUGAUUUAUGUUGGCUACCCUGAUAAAAAAUAUAUACGUUGUUAUUUUUUU